CUAGUGUAGCUGUCAAAUAUGCUGUCAUUGAUUUGGACAAAAGCACGUUAGAGGCAAAUUUCCCCUUGCUGUUAUUUUGUAUGUGGGGGUUUAACUAGGGACUGCAUGUUGGAAGAUGGAUUUGUUUUCAGCGUUUCUGGCUUUUUUACUGACUGCUCUACUUUAUAAGUACAUCUUUCGCAGAAGAGAUCCCACCUCCCCUCCUUGUAUUAAAGGCUGGAUUCCUUGGUUAGGAGCGGCAUUUGAGUUUGGUAAAUCACCUUUGGAAUUCAUAAAGUUAGCUGUAGCAAAGUAUGGGCCCAUAUUUACUGUUCUAGCAGCAGGCAACAGACUUACGUUUGUCACAGAUGCUGAAGAUUUGGACUUAUUCUUCAAUUCCAAGGAUGUGGAUUUUCAGCAGGCAGUGCAAGAACCCGUUCAGCAUGUAGCUUCAAUUAGCAGGGAGAGUUUCUAUAAGUCUCACACGGCUAUCCAUGACACAAUAAAGGGGCGUCUUGCUCCAUCCAAUCUGCACCUCUUCAGUGAUAAUUUGUUUCAAGAGUUCAGUGAACAUAUUCAGUGCCUUGGAAAGAGUGGCACGGAGGAUCUCUAUGACUUAGUCAGGCAAGUUAUGUAUCCUUCAGUAGUAAAUAACCUUUUUGGCAAAGGAACCUGUCCCACAAGUAAGAGUGAAUUCAAAGAGUUUGAAAAGCAUUUCCAAAAGUUUGAUGAAGAUUUUGAGUAUGGAUCCCAACUUCCAGAAAUAUUUCUAAGAGAUUGGUCAAGAUCCAAGCACUGGCUUCUUUCACUGUUUAAAGGAAUUGUGAAAAAUGCUGAGAAGGGCAAGUCUACAGAUAAUGACUCCAAGACUUUACUGCAGCAUCUUCUUGAUACACUGAAUGGAAAUGCCACUGCUAAUUAUAGUUUACUCUUGCUAUGGGCUUCUCAGGCAAAUGCAAUUCCAAUCACAUUUUGGACACUUGCGUUUAUAAUCUCCCAUCCAUCUGUCUACAAGGCUAUUAUGGAAGAAAUAUCUUCAGUUCUGGAUGAAAAAGAUAAUAUAUUAACUGUGACACAACUGCAGAAACUUCCCCAGACAAAGUGGUGCAUACUGGAAGCUAUUCGCUUACGUGCUCCUGGUGCCAUAACCAGAAAGGUAGUGCAUCCUUUGAAAAUCAAGAAUUACAUAGUCCCACCUGGUGAUCUACUGAUGAUGUCACCAUUCUGGGCUCACAGGAGUACCAAGUAUUUUCCUGACCCUGAGAAGUUUCUUCCUGAACGCUGGCAGAAGGCUGACUUGGAAAAGAACGUGUUUCUGGAUGGCUUUGUGGCAUUUGGAGGUGGGAGGUACCAGUGUCCUGGAAGGUGGUUUGCUCUUCUGGAGAUUCACAUGUUUGUUGCUUUGAUUCUCAGCAAAUACAGUUUUUCCCUGCUGGAUCCAGUUCCAAAACAGAGCACUUUGCAUUUAGUUGGGACACAGCAACCAAAUGGACCUUGCAGAGUACAGUACAGAAGAAGAUGAAUGUCACUUCCUGACUGCAUUCCUUAUGUUUGUUUAUCAGACGGCAAGCUCAGGUUCUUAAAUUGUGUGGGUAAAAUAAUUCAUCAUGUGUCAGGAAUAAACUAAAUAAUAACACUAA